AUGAUUGAAAAAUUGGCAUUUGGGCUGAUCAUUACAGCUCGGCGGCUGCGACAUUAUUUUCAAGGAUACCGAAUUAUAGUUCGGACCAAUCAACUACUUCGCCAAAUUUUAACAAAACCAGACCCAGUAGGAAGACUUACAAAAUGGUCCAUUGAACUCUCAAAAUUCGAUAUUACCUAUCAAUCCAGAGGAUCUCCUAAAGCCCAAGCCCUAGCUGACUUUGUCUCUGAAUUCACCGGCGAAACGGAGGAGGCCGAACAAUGGGAACUAUAUAAGGACGGUGCAUCAAAUGACAACGGAUGUGGGGUAGGAAUACUACUAAAAUACAAAACAGGGGUGCACGCAGAACAAUCAAUCAAAUUCCUAUUCCAGACAAUAAAUAACCAGGCCGAGUAUGAAGCAUUAUUAGCAGGGCUCAGACAUGCAAAGGAAAUCGAGGUGUCGAAGUUGUGGGUGUACUGCGAUUCCUUACUCGUAGUACAACAGGUAACUGGUAAUUUUCAAACUAAAGAUCCCCUUCUAGAAAAAUACUUGAAUCUUGUUAAAAACAUGAUAACGGACUUUCAAACAUUUGAAAUAAAGUAUAUACCCCAAGAACAGAAUUGUAGGGCAGAUAUCUUAUCAAAGUUUGUCACAUACAGAGAUGAUCAACACUCAGAAAACCUAGUACAUCUCACACUGACAAAACAUAGUCUAGAUAUGCAAUAUGUUUUAAGUAUGACACACGAACAAGAUUGGCGAACUCCAAUAGUCCAUUACUUGAAGACAGGAACAAUACCGGAAUGGGAACCGAGGUCUUUCAAAAGGAAAGCACACAACUUCACACUGAUAGGAGAUAACUUGUAUAGACGAGGGUUCUCCCGACCAUUACUCCGAUGCCUCGAAGAAAACGAUGCCAAGGCAGCUAUUGCCGAGAUACAUGAAGGAAUUUGCGGACACCAUGUGGGAGGACGAAGUCUAGCCAUAAAAAUACUGAGAGCAGGUUACUAUUGGCCGACUAUAAGAUCGAAUUGUGCAACAAAGGUGCAACAGUGCGACGCAUUAUCACCGGGACAGGUAAAAUUUCUUUUGGUAGCCGUUGAUUACUUUACAAAAUGGAUAGAAGCACAGCCACUGGCGAGGAUAACCUCGGACAAGGCCCUAAAGAAAAAUCUGACUAAGGCUAAAGGUCGGUGGGCAAAACUUAUACCCGAAAUACUGUGGAGCUACAACACAACUCCCCAGACGACAACAAAAGGAAGUCCUUUCAGACUGGUUUAUGGAUCUGAAUGCAUGAUUCUCUUAGAGCUUAACCAAGGCUCGAUGAGAACCGAACACUUCGAUGGAGAUAGCAAUGAACAAACAAGGCGCGUCGAGCUUGACCUUAUUCAAAAAGGACACUACGUUACAGAGCUAAGGCAAAAGUCAAUGCAAUUGGCUAUGAAACAACAAUAUGACAAGAUAGUUCGACCAAGAACCCUUAAAGAAGGAGACCUGGUGCUCAUACAACUCGAAGACAUCCAAAAACCUCCAAGACAUGGGAAGUUGGCAACAACCUGGGAAGGACCUUUUCGGAUCGCUAAAGUUAUCGGCGAAGGGGCUUACUGCUUAGAAACAUUAAGCAGAACAACCAUACUAAACACAUGGAACAUCUCAUCACUCAAAUAUUAUUAUAGCUGA